CUCAAAAUCAGGACACCAUCAACGUUCUUUGGUCCUUACACUCUUUGAGAGAGACAUUUACAACAUAGAUCCUGCUAAAAGAAUCACUACAUCAGCAAAGAUGGCGUCCAACGAGAUCGACAAUGAGCAGGAUCUCCUGCCUGAGCAGACUGAGGGCUACAAAGUGGGAGAGAAGAGAACUCUUGAUGAAUACCAUAAGAUGGAUGCAAACGACGAGUCCUUGCAACGCUACAAGGAAUCUCUCGGCAUUGGCGCUGGUGGAAAGAGCAUCUCGGACCCCAAUGACCCGCGUCAAUGCAUCAUCUUAUCCUUGACGAUGUCCUCGGAAGGUCGUGAACCGGUCACAAUCGAUCUCGCUACUCCAGGAUCAGAGAAGACGCUCAAGGACCAUCCAUUCAGAAUCAAGGAGGGCGCCAAGUUCACAAUGAGCGCUAAGUUCAAGGUGCAGCAUCAAAUCCUCAGUGGACUUCAUUACGUUCAGGUUGUGAAGAGAAAGGGCAUCCGAGUAUCAAAGGAUCAAGAAAUGCUGGGUAGCUACGCUCCGAAUACUGAGCAGAACCCUGUUUACGAGAAGAGAUUCGCCGAGGAAGAUGCCCCAAGUGGAAUGAUUGCCCGUGGCCAUUACACAGCAAUCUCUACGUUUGUCGAUGAUGACCACAAGACCCAUCUGACAUUCGAGUGGUCCUUCGACAUUACUAAAGACUGGUAGAGCAUACAUU